AAACGUCAAGUACGAACGAAGUUUGAGUUUCCCGCGCCCGCAGUCGGAUGGAAAUGGAUUUUUGUUCCAUGAAUUUUCCUGAAUAAUAUUCGCAGGAUUUCAAACAAGAUAGUAGUGAAGUGUUAUAAGGACGUAACCCGGCCGUGUCACCAUGCCGGAGUACCAGAUCAACGGCAUCACGGUCAACUUCCCGUUCGAACCGUACCAAGUGCAGCGGGAUUACAUGUCCAGGGUGAUCGAAUGCCUGCAGAAUAGCACCAACGGUGUCCUGGAAUCGCCCACCGGGACGGGAAAGACGCUCAGCUUGUUAUGCUCUUCGCUGGCCUGGGUGCUGCACAAGAAGGCCCAGGUCCAGGCCAACAUGCGAACAAAUAUUACCGAUCUGAAGGAGUUCGAAAUGGUGCAGCGUAAAAAGCUUGGUGGGGAUGGCGGAUCUGGAAUGGAGGAACUGUUGGACAAACUGCACGACGGGUGUGGCCCCGAGGGAGCAAAGUGGGGCGUUCCGAAGAUUGUUUAUGCCUCGCGGACACAUUCACAGUUGACGCAAGUCAUGCAGGAGAUGAAGAACACCAGCUACAGUUUUAUGAAGGGGGUCAUUUUGGGAUCCCGGGAUCAGCUGUGCAUCCAUCCGGAGGUAUCCAAGGAGGAGGGGAAUUCCACGAAAACCAAUCUGUGCAAAGCUAAGGUCCAAUCGAGGACGUGUUCGUUCUACAGCCGGGUGGAAAGCUGCAAGGAGCGCCCGGAAGUUGUGUCCAACGUGAUCAUGGACAUUGAGGAUCUGGUGAAGGUGGGCACAAAGGUGCGCGCUUGUCCCUUCUUCCUGUCUAAGGAGUUGAUCGAGAGCGCGGACAUACUCUUCAUGCCGUACAAUUACCUGCUGGAUCCCAAGGCCCGUAAAGCCAACAAUCUGGAGAUCUCGAACACGAUCAUCAUCCUGGACGAGGCGCACAAUGUGGAAAAAAUGUGCGAGGAAUCGGCCUCGAUGCAGAUCCGCUCGACGGACAUUGCCCUGUGCAUCGACGACGUUACGUCGAUCAUGAAGGUGAUGGACCAUUCGGUGGCCAUCCCGGAGGAUGACGAGACGAAGAAGGACUUUACCAUUGACGAUUUGGCGCUGCUGAAGGAGAUGCUGCUGCAGUUGGAGAAAACGGUGGACAGCAUUCCGGUGAUGUUUUCUCAAGGGGGGAACACCUUUCCCGGGACGUACAUUUUCGAGAUAUUCGAGAAAGCAAACAUCAAGGAAGGCAACUACCACAUCAUAGCGCAACUGCUGGAGAACAUCAUCCAGUACAUUGCGACCAUCACGGAGAAGAACAACUUCGUGCGACGUGGCGGCGGGUUGCUGAUUCUGGCGGAAGCGCUGUCCAUAAUCUUCGCCGGCAGUGGCCCGGAGUACCGGGCGUCGAUCGACAAGUGCUACAAGGUACACAUCGAGAUCGAGGAGCAGAAGAAAACCAGGGGGAACGUGAAGCAGGCAGAUGGGUGGACGGCAACGAAGCAACUGGUUCCCUCGGUGAAGGCCAACGCCAAAGUGGUCAGUUUCUGGUGUUUCAAUCCGGGAUUCGGGAUGAGGCAACUGUUGGGUCGGAAUGCUAGAAGUAUUAUCUUGACGAGUGGUACUUUGGCCCCUCUUAAGCCGUUGAUUAGUGAGUUGGACAUUCCGAUAGCGGUAAGAUUGGAGAAUCCGCAUAUCAUCGAUGGAAGUCAGGUGUGCGUCAAGAUUGUGGGACAGGGCCCGGAUAAGGAGAGCUUGAAUUCCAGCUAUGGCAAUCGGGAUAAUCCAAAGUACAUUUCCAGCUUGGGUCGAACGAUUCUGUCAUUUUGUCCGAUUAUUCCAGGAGGAUUGCUGGUGUUUUUUCCUUCGUAUCCGCUUUUGAACAAAUGUCAGGAAGCUUGGCAAGAGACGGGUAUUUGGGCUCAGAUAAGCCGGACGAAGCCAAUAUUUGUGGAACCUCGGGGGAAGGACCAGUUUCUGAACACGAUGUCCGAGUACUACCAGAGGAUAAACGACCCGGACGGUAAGGGAGCCGUGUUCAUGGCCGUGUGUCGCGGAAAAGUAUCCGAAGGGUUGGACUUUGCGGAUAUGAAUGGUCGUGCCGUGAUCAUCACCGGUUUGCCCUUUCCGCCACUGAAAGACGCUCGGGUGAUAUUGAAGAAGAAAUAUCUUCAAGAGGUGCGGACCAGAGAAAAUGAAAUCAUUUCCGGCGAUGAAUGGUACUCUUUGGAAGCAGCUCGAGCAGUGAACCAAGCUAUCGGUCGAGUCAUCCGCCAUAAAAACGACUACGGUGCGAUUCUACUAUGCGACAACCGGUUCCAUAACCACCGCCAAAAGUCCCAGCUCUCGUCCUGGAUUCAGAAGCAUCUGAACACUAAUCAGCACCAGAACUUUGGUCCCAUCAUUGGUGAACUCUCUCGAUUCUUCCGAAACGCCGAGAAAAUCCUCCCUCAGUCGAAGCUUUCGCGCAAUAUCGUAACUCUCGUACAAGAACCCACGCCCCUCAUCGAGGGCAACAUUCCAGGUGCCCUCAUAGUCAAUCGGGACACCAAACGGAAACUCGACGACAUCCGUAACAAUUUCGUCCAAAUCGAAAACUCCAAUCAAGUGACCAGCACCUUCAGAAUUUCCGACUACGAACAGGCCCCCUCACAAAGCGCCUCGAACGAACCGAAAAACUUCCUCAGCAGACUGAAUACCCAAGUCCACUCUAUCGAUUUCAACGACAUGACCACGUACUCCAUGCCCAGUUCAUCCCAAGGUGCCCUUGUGGGCAUUCACAAGCGGGAACGAUCCACUGGAUCCGACAACUCCAUCUUCAGCCAAACCCAGACUGCCACCCAGAAGAAACGCAAGGUGGUCCUAAUCCCGCAGCAAGUGAUCAACCUGACCAGCGAUGACGAGGAUCCCGGAAGAAUUGGGGACGAUCCCACCCGGCAGGCCCCCGAGGAUCGCGUCGAAUUGAUCAAGGUCAUCAAAACGUCCAUUCCACUGGCCAAGUACCAGGCGUUCCUCAGUACACUGACCAACUACAACAAGGACCGGAACUUUGACCGAUUGAUGGAAGGGUUGCUGGUGGCUUUCGAUCGGCCGGAGCUGUAUUACCUACUGAGAGCCAUGCGGCGAUUCGUCAAGGGUGAUCAUGAAGCGAGGUUCGACGCAAAAAUUAAAGAGGUUUGCGGCAGAUGAUGGUAGUGUCGGAUCACGCACCUGGCCGUGGAUUAAAAAAAACGACGUUAUUGUGAUAUUGACUGUUAACUGGAAAAGCCACACAGUUCUUCGUUGCACGAAGAAACUGCCAAUGUGCUGUUAUUUGAAGUGAUGGAUUAGUAUAAAUAAAGUCAAGCGACUGACAUACUGUUAAGUUUUGUAA